GCUGAUAUGGAAGAAGAAAACAAUGGUUUGAUCACUACAAUAAAGAUUUUUUGGUCAGUUCUUUUACUCCUCUACUCACUCAAAUCGCACUUUGCAUAUUCACAAGAAUUUGGUAAAGUUUAUCAUAUUAAUGAAGACCAGGAAUACGGCUUUGCUCUUAUUGGAUCUGUGCACAGAUCGUUCGGACCUACAACUUAUGCACUUUGUUGGUUGGAAUGUGAACAAGACAAACGAUGUAGGAGUUUGAACUAUCACAUGACAACAGCAACAUGUGAGCUGAACAAGAGAACCAAGAACUCUCAACCGUUAGAGAAUUAUAAGAGCAAGAAUAACAGCAUCUACUGCCCUUGGACACUCUCUAACAGGCCAGUUUGGGAAAAAGUCAAUGCUAAUCCUGUUUGUUUUGGGGCAAGAGACAAUAGAUUUGGUAGUUUCCUGAUCAACGUGAGGCGCGGAUUGGUUAGCAUGGUACAAUUGAUCCAUUUGUCUGGAGGUGUAACUUGCAAGGUCGGCGGACAAUUGAGCAAUUGGGGAUGUGACGAUGGGUGGUUAGCUACUGUAUUCACAGACAAAAGCAACAACAGACUCGCUCCUGAAGAUCGAUGGAUCGUCGAUUGGAACAAGCUCGUUUACAAAAUUGGAGAUAUUGAUCCAUUUUUGUCAAAAAUUCGAUUGAGGUUAAUAAUACCUAUGAACAUAACCGCUGGUCAAGAGUAUCGUUUGUGGUACGGCGAAGAUUUAAAAGAUGUUUCGGAGGUUGAUAAUAGUGGUACAGUCUGCGUUGACGUCAACAUGUACGGAAAUUAUUAGUCGGGCUAGCCAUAGUUUUACCUUUUUGCCAAUCUAUCUGUUUGUCAUGUCGYGUUUGGUCACCRGAAGUCUAAAUGUAGAAUCCGGAAGUAAUCAAAGACCUCUAUCUCGGGACUCCUGUGGCAUACGUCACGUGACGUAAUAUAUUGGAAUUAUGUCAUUUGUAUGUCAUAUCCGUUGUACCUACAGUGUUUCAUCAUUUGUAAACACAUUUUGCGUGAUUUAUAUACUAAUAUUUUUGCUUACUGAGAACAAUGUGGGAAGAACUGUUCUUCAUGAAACUGAUUGAAAAUUAUGAGCAUGCUCAGAGUAAUGAAACGUCCAUCCAACACAUUGGAGUUAGUAGGGCACAGGUAGCCCAGAGUUAAAUAUACGAGAAUAAUCAGGUAAUCACGUGACACCUACGAAGUAACAUGCCAACCAAAAUUACCCAUAAUUUCCUGGUUUGAUAGCACAGGAAUACCAACAUCACAUGGUCAUCCUUAUUAUCCAUAAUGCUUUACUUUACUAGUACUUGUCAAAUGGUGCUCUGCUUGUAUGCUACGUUUCAUCGACUUUUUGCAAUCAAAUGUCAAAAACAAGUUACAAAUGAACACGCCGUUCGCGGUAGGCUCACACUAAAAGRUGUUGCAGGAAAAUACUAGUUCUUUUAGUCAACAGUAAUCCUAACAAGCCCAAAUUCUACAGUAAUUAUAGCAGAAAUCACAUGUAUAAAGGACGCCAUAUUGGAAUUCUUCGACAAGAAGAUGAAGGAUCAGAUCUCUACAAUCAGCCCUAGUCUCACAGUGAUAAGUUAAUUUGUUGUAAUUUCCACUAUUUACYACAAAAUAGU